UGCCAGUGCCCAUCAAUGCCACAUCAAUGCCACAUAUCAGUGCAUACUAGUGCACAUCAAUGCCACAUAUCAGUGCCCAUCUGAGCUGCCUUUCAAUGUCACCCAUCAGUGCCAGUCAGUGCCACCUAUCAAUGCCAAUCAGCGUCACCUAUCAGUGCUGCCAAUCAGUGCCAGACAUCAGUGCCGCCUAUCAGUGCCAGUCAGUGCUGCCUAUCAGUGCCAUAUCAGUGUCAUGUAUCAGUGCUGCCUUUCAGUGCCCAUCAGUGAUGCCUGUCAAUGCCCAUCAGUGCAAC